UAUUUAUUGUAUUUUUCUUAAAAAAAUUUAAUCACUAUCAAGACUAUGUCUCCUGCUGCAGAUUUAGCAAAACAAGCAGAAAAAUAUACAGAAUUAAAGGAUUAUUCUAAUGCAAUUGAAGCUUUAACAAGAGCUCUUAAGGAGAUUCCUACGUCUAUUGAUUACCAUAUUAAACGAUCAACGGCUUAUCACUGUAAUAAGCAAUAUGAAGAGGCACUUAAGGAUGCAGAAGCAGCAGUUUAUCUUGCUGAUUUGAAGGGUAAACGAGAACAGAAGGGACUGGGGCAGUUGCGCAGAGGUAUUACGCUAUUUCGUCAAGGACAACCGGAAAACAGUUAUUUUGCGUUAAGAAAGGCAGAGGAAUGUAUUCCGAAUAAUAAUAUGUUAGCAUCAUGGCUUUUGAAGGUGAAAAUGGCGAUAGAAAAAGUGGAAUGUGAAAAAGAAUGUACAAUUAGAGAGAUUCCAUGUCUUAGAGACCUUGAUAACAUUUUACAAGCAGAAAUUGAAAAAAUACAAUCAGUAGAAGUACAGAGUGAAAUAAAUACAGAAAAAAAGUCAGUUAAUGAAAAGGAGAAGUCAAAUAUAAGGUAUGAAUGGUAUCAAAAUGAUGAUACAGUUACAAUUACUUUAUAUGCAAAAUCAGUAGACAAAAAUACAUUAAAAAAAGAAUUUAAAGAAAGAUCAUUAUCUGUAACAUUUUUUUUACCAGUUACUCAAGAAAACUAUACUUUCGAGCUUGCUCAUCUUUAUGGUGAAAUUGAUGCUUUAUCAUCUGUAUUUACAGUAUAUAACACAAAAAUUGAGAUGAAAUUGAAAAAGCGUUAUACAGAAAAAUGGUUGACUCUUGAAACAGAAAUUCCAGAUACUCAAACAAUUAACAAAAAUUCAAACAAAUCCAAUCUAUAUCCAUCUUCCUCUAAAUAUGGAUCAAAAGACUGGGACUUACUUUCAAGAACUAUGGUUACAGAAAAGGAUGAAACAGAAGAUACUGCACUUAACAAAUUAUUUCAAGAAAUUUAUGCCAAUGCAGAUGAUGAUACAAAACGGGCAAUGAUGAAAAGUUAUAUAGAAAGCAAUGGAACUGCAUUGAGUACCAAUUGGAAGGAAGUUGGUUCAAAAAGAGUAGAAGUUCAACCUCCAACUGGAAUGGAAGUAAAACCAUGGUAUCAUUAAAAAUAAAAAUCUUAUGAAUAUUAAACUGUGCUAAUGUUUUUUUU